UGACGUGGUAGAUCACCGACUUGGAACUUACUUUCCGCAGCUGACGCCAAGACAUGUUCUUGCAUGUGCAUGCACCGCCCCCAUCGUUAGACAUCUUUUGGCCAAGCUCACAGCCGUCGACGGCUGCAUCGAGCGCACCCCUCCGCAGCCCGUCGGCGAUCUACAGACCUCGCCAUCAGUCAGCAUACGUCGACAACGACGUCGCCGCGAUCAUCGACCAGUCGGCCUCGCUUGAACCUCUUGAGCUCGUUUAAACUAACACUCAUCGUUCUUGCCACCUUCGAUUGCACACGCCAUGCUGUCCCUCCUCCUCCUCGCGCACCAUGUGCUCGCACAGACGUUCAACGACCAGCCGUCAGCUAACGACUCGGCCACCGAGCCCUACUGGCCGCAGUAUCCUGACGGCACGAGUGCCUCCGAUUUCAUGAUGAACACAAACUCGAGCGACGCCGACCUGCGGGGCGAAUCACGCAUCGCGCAAUGGAUCGUGACGGCCAGCAACGUCUUUCGGGCCCAGUUUGGAAACCAGCCUGUGACAUGGAACGAGACGGCUGCGCGGAUCGCGCAGGAACACGUCAACACAUGUCUGUGGGAGCACUGGGGCAGCGAUAAUCUAGCACAGCUGUCAUACUCGGAAGAGGGGCACCGCUUUGACAUCAACCCGAUGGUGGAGAUGUGGGCCGAGGAAUGGGACUACUACCCCUUCCGACACCCCGAGGCGCAGGCUGCGUCGCACUUCACAGCCAUGAUGUGGAACGCGAGCAACACGCUCGGUUGUGCGUGGAACGUCGACUGCGCCAACACGACCGCCUUCCCCAGCAUGACCUACUUCGUCUGCAAUUACUGGCCGAUCGGCAACAUCGCCACGCAGCCUCCUGGCGAGCUUUACGCGCUCAAUGUCCCAAAUUGGACCAAGUGGACGCCUGAGCAGGUCCCCGACGUCCCAUACACUGCAGCACCAGUUGCGCCGAGCCCCACCGCGUCACGUACGGGCUCAGCUGCUGCUGCUGCGGGCCAAACAGGGUCCGGAGCUGCUUCGGGGCAAGUGAACGGGCCCGACCCAGCUCUCAGUGCCGCAGGCCGCGCAGCGCUGCCCGCCGGCAUACUGGUUGCCGCCAUUGCGGCGGCGGUUGUCAUUUGAAGUCUCUAGCUCGUUGUCAUUGUAAAGACUGUCUCAGAUCCGAGCGCGCGGACUGAUACCUCAGGCUAUCUCACCGAUCUGCUGGUAUAACUGAUUACAUCACAUGUAUUGCUGGAGGGUCGAACUCUUGAAUGAUCAUGACGAUGGAUGGCG